AUGCUCGUGCUGUUCGAGGAAGAGAAGAAGCGGGGGCGCGAGUCGGCGCGAGCUCAAGACCGAGAGUUGAAGCGGGAAGAAAUCGCACUGGCACAACACGGGGACUUCCGCGCAGCGAUCGAGAAGGAGCGGGGCUCGCGGCCGCGCCACAAGUGCGCGGCCGUGCUGGAGUCGGACGAAAUUGGUUGGAAGCAGCUGCAGCUGGACGCGGCGUCCUUCUACUUCUACCAGGACGACCGCCCCACGGGCACGUUGAUCGCCCACGUGGACGACUGCACGAUCGCACGCGACGGUAGUGCGAUGAUACGGGACAAGGAGGACAAGCUCAAGGAUAGGUUCCCGCUUGGGUCCUGGACUGUGGUGUCUGGUCAGACCCAAGGCGACCUCUACACCAGCCGUCGGGUCAAAUUGAACGGGGCUUGCGUUGAAGCCAGCAUGCCGGAGUUCAUUGACGGACGCCAGGAGGAGGUCAACUGCGGGCGGACGGAGAAGGGGGAGACGCCGCUCACCCCGCUCGGCAGAGCAGAGCUUCAGUCGGCGGUGGGCCCCUUACACUGCGUGGCCAGACAGCGCCGGCUAGACAAGGCCUUCGAGACAAACCGAUUCCAGAAGCUACAGAAGGAGCCGACCCAUGCGGACACGCGGGAGCUGAACACAUGCGCCAGGGUCGUCAGAGCCAGCCGCGACGCCCAUCUGAGAAUCGAGCCGAUCAAGGGCCGCAUGGGCCAUAUGGGGACCAGAGCGGCAGUAGCAGCGGUCGACCUGGACUGCACGGAGCAGGAAGAACUGCCGAUAUCCAUCCUGGACUGGGGCAGCCGGGCGAGCCACCGCGCGGUUACGUCAACGUCCUCCGCCGAGACGGCGGCGCGCUUUGCGGACCAUGGUAUGACCCACUACAUGCGGGCACUCCUGCGCGAGGCCCUGCAAGGAUGGGGCGACACACUGGCGGUGGAGCACGGCGAGGCACAGAUGCCGCUCACGCUGUUUACCGACUGUGGUCUGAGCGACAAGGUACGGGAGUUUUUGGAAACGAGUCGAACGCGCGCGCACGAGAUGAGUGCCCAGGCCAUCAGGCGAGGCAAGGCGACUGGUGACGGGAAGCAACGAGAUUAUCCGACCUACUUCGUCCUCUCCCACUCCUGCGACAUGCCGCAUCACGAAGCGGCCGAGGCUAAGCAGGCGCCACGGGGCGGCGUCUACGAGCGCAAGGAGCACAAGGAGGGCAGGAGAGCGGGGCAUGAGGCCCAGUUCGGCCCAGGGUCGGGACCUGUGCGCCGAGCGCACCGGGAGCGCGGCGGCGACGGCACGGCGGGGGAAAACGUGGCAACCGAAGAGCACGUCCUGGAAGUGGACGAUCAGUGGCUCACGUUUGACCGCAAGGGCCUGGCCGAGCGCUGGAACAACAAGGCCGCCUGCCGCUCUGACCGCGCGGAAGAGCUGGGGAAGGAACGGGCUCGCCAGGCGAGGACGCAAGCGCAGGCACUGAAGACGAUCGCGCAUCGCCACCGGGCCGGGCCAAGCAGCGGAGAGGAGUCGGCCCCGUCGGAGCGCGACAGCGCCGACAUGGAAGGAGAAGAAGAAGCUGCUGCUGCCCGUACGCGGCACGCGGCGCCAGCCCGCCAGAGCCAUAUAGGGGCGAGCACGGGAGCGAGCUACUCCGCCGCGGGCCACGGCGCGGGAAGCAAACGGGGCGCCAAGGUCAAGGAGCCCAAGGGCAAGGGCAAGCGGAGUGGCCCGGUCAGCGAGAGACCCAAGAAGACGCGCAGGGGCGGCGCCUCCGCGCCCGCGGCGGACCAGCUCGCCCCGGGGAGCAUCCCCUCGGAGCUGCUGGGGCACAGCGUGCGCCGCUUGUGCUUCCAGGAGGGACGGGCGCUGAAGUGGCCCUGGGCGAACGGCGCCGCCAGCGGCGGCUGUCUGGCAGCGCGAGAAGCGGGGCGGGGUAACGUUAGUUGGCUGGUAAAACUCAACUGGGCCGUCAGUGCACCCAGCCAUCGGAACCUGUUCGUGAAUUUCAAUAUUGCGCAGCGGAACGCGCGGACCCUGCUCGUGCAGAUCCAUUACUCGGGCUGGCGAGCGGUGACGGUGCAAUCUCAGGGUGCCGACAAGCGGCCUCCGGGCAGAAAGCCAGGCAACGCCAGCCAGCGCGCGGAGCGGCGACGAGGCAGCGACAAGCGGGGCACCGACUGCGCUGGCCGGGCCCGCGGCGCGGGAGCCGAGGCGAGCAGCGGCAUGGCUGGUUGCUACGGCGGUGGCCCCGGAUACGCCUUCGGCCCACUGGGUGGCGAUAACCCAAACCUUAGCGGGUACGGCUACGCAGGGCCAUCCGGAGCCCCGUACAACUCAGCCUCUUUCCCUGCUGGCGGCGGUGGCGGUUUCGCUGGUGCGCCGGGGCCUCCGAUGCCUGGUCAGAUCGGAGGCGUGGGUACCUUCGGCGGCAUGGGCAUGAACCAGCACGGAGGCAUGGGCCAGCUGGGGCAGCCCGGCGGCAUGGGUUACCUGCCCGACGGCCUCUUGGGCCAGCUACCAGGGGCGCCGCAGGGCGCCGGCGCUGGCGGGCAGGCCAUGCUGGGCGCGGGUGGCCCAGGCGGGCGUGGCGCGCCCGUGCCCAGUGGCGGGCGGCAGCAGGGGCAGCAGAGGUUCCAGGACAGCAGAGGCGGGGGAGGGCGCGGAGGAGACAGAGGCGGCGGCUGCGGCAAGGGCGGCAGGGGGAAGGAUCGCAGCGAUGGUGGCAGCAAGGGCCGCGGCUUCAGAGACCGAGAAGGUGGCGGCAUAGGUGGCGGCGGCCUCGGCGCAG